GAAUCAAACCUGCCAGAGAUCAAAACACAGGGGUCAGAUCAGCAAGGACUAUGAACAAGAGUUCCCCUCUGUAGAGGUUGGGCCACGACUAGUGCGGGGAUGCAGUGAGGACAGUCAGGUCAUACUGCACAGGCAGGGUCCUGACAGUGAGGACUACUGGGAGAAACUGGCCCAAGAAUCAGAUCCAAGCAGGCAACAGAAAGAACUAUUAAACUACAGUGCCAUCAUACCUCAACUUAAAUCCAAGAUGUUGGAAUUUAAAGCUCAGCUAACAGGUGGCGUUAAAGAAGUGUGGCAGAUUCACCAACCACUGAAGGUCUUACACAACCUGAUUCUGACCUCUGACCUCGAGAAGUUGUACCACAUUGGCCGUGAACUUGGACUACCCCAUGUCCUCUUUGACAUAGUCCAAGAUACUGUAGAAAACUCAAAUUCCAUCAAGCCACUGUGGAGCGUGCCAGCACUUGGAGAAAUUAUUGUUGUGCUCAUGAUCUACUGGGAGAAACACUAUGACUGGGUGGAAGAGGCGCAUAGACUGGAAGAGUUCACCAGGCCCUUCAUCACAAUUCUCAGUCAACCAAACCUCAUUCCUUUGGCACCUCUGGCUGCCUCUGCUUUGUCCCUGUUAACACAACACAAUGUUGAUGUGGAAGUUGAUAUGGACAAUCUAACUGCUUUGCUGAAAAUCCUGCUUCUGGACUCAUAUCAGCCCAAAGUUUGUCUUCCUUCUGGCUGGGGACUCUGCGAUGGCCUCCUGUCUUUACUCCUUCACACACUCUCUGAGCAUGAAAAUGACCCUGGAUCUUCAUGUUUAGAUCCAGUAAUGUUUUUGGAUCUGUGGAAAAGAAUUGGCACUUCGCUACUAAGGAAAACACCAGACACAGACUUCUGUUCAGCAAAUGGGCUGUAUUCUUUCCUGUCUACCGCGCUGUUUCUCUUCACCAAGGAUCCUUACUCGUGCAUUCCGCUGUUUUCUGAGUGCGAAUCAAAAUGUGUAUACACUCUUGGCCAGAUGCUGGGCACUGACUGUCUUGAUUUGUUUGCUGAAGGCAAUCCUGGGAGACUUGAGGUGGAUCUGAGUUGCGACAGCCUGUCUGUGUUGAGCUGCCACUUGUUGUGCUUUCCAUUUGCCCUGGACCUGCCUUCACACACCAUGUCCACCAUUAUCCAGUUGUAUGACGGUUGUGGUAUUGUUCCAAGCCUCCUGCAGGUAAUUCAAACCCUUCCUCCUUCGCUACUGGAGCUGCCUCUCUCCCUGCUGAGCCGUUUGCUCCUGUGUGACCCUGAGCGCUCUGUUGCCUGCCUCAGAAAAGCUACCUGUGGUUUUUUUGCGCCACCCAGGAACAGCCAACUCUUUGCCUCCAAACACCAGACUCCACUAACCAGAACUGCCAGCUCUCUGCUCUCUGACUUGCUGCAGUUGGAUGUGCUUUGGGACUCUGCCGUGGAGCUCCUAACUCUGUUGUCCCAAGUAGCCCGCUGUUCCCCUCGACCUGCCUGCCUUCAGCUUCACCUGGAAGCCUCGGUGCUGCACCAAGCGCUGGCUCACUCUCAUGACCAGGUCAGGGCUGCUACAUGCAGACUUUUGGGACAUUUGGAUCCAUUCAGGCCUACUACACUGCGCACCCUGCAACCUGACAUUUUCAGGAGCAUGAUAGACUGUCUUCACGAUUCCUGCAUGCCUGUCCGGCGGAUGGCUUGCAAGGCAGUUGGGAACUGGUUGGGAUACAUUGCAGAAGGGGCAGGGUUUAAAAUAGAUGGGUCCAAUGGAAAGGGCAGUGACACUACAAAGUGGGGCAGAGAGAAGGAACUGAAUAAACACAAGAGUUCACACAGUGAGGGUGCAGGAGAUUUGGCUAUUAUAGUAGAACAGGGAGUGGACUAUGAGGAGGGGUGCAAGUGGGUAGAGGAAGCCAGCAGGACAGCGGCCAUGCUGGCGCCUCUGAUCGCUGACCCUGAUGCCCUCACACGUCGUCACUGUUGUGCAGCCAUGGGAAACCUGGUAAACGUUGAUGGCGCUGUAUCCUUGUUGUUGGAGGAGGAUGUGUCCAGCUUACUUCUGAGAGCUGCAUGCACAGACUCCCAUAAUGCAGUGAGACAAGCUGCCAUAGCAACCCUGCGCCUGUACAGCGAGCGGGACGCAAUACGUCAGGUCCUGAUAUCCUUUGAUGCCGGUAAGAAACUUCGUCAGGCUUCACAGCUUGCCCCUCCACAAUGUGACUAUCAUCAGCUCAUUGGACAGCUGCAAGUGAGUCCAGUUCAGUAGAAAUGGUAACAGGUUUGAAUGCCACACUUGAAUAGUCCUUGUCCUUCCUUACAUUACAAUAAGAAUUCCCCCUGUGGUAAGCAAUGUGGUAGAGGACUCAAUAAGUAUAAUAAUCCUAUCCCGUUUCAUAUUGUUUCUGAAGUGAAGCUAAUGUAUCAAAUAAAAAUGGUGCAAAUAAAAAGUGACUAAUGAAGAUCUUUGUUGGCACCACUCAAACUGUGGUUACAUGAGUUGAAAUAAAACUGUUACUGUUGAUGUUGA